AUGCAGCCAGAACCCAAGCAGUCCGCUAUUGAAGAAGCAAUACCAGUAGUGGUGGUAGUAGAGGCUUCCGCCUCUGCUGGGGGAAUUGUGUCGCCGUUCGUCACCUCGCCUGCAACGGAGGGGCCGCUAACUGCAGAAGCAGACGACGACGACGGCUACAAUUGCUCUGCCGAGCAGACGCCGCGCCAAGGCCCUGUCGGUAGUAGCACCAGCAACAGCAAGAGCAUUCUACCGUUGCCUGAAGAAGACGUGAAGGACUGCGCUUAUGUAAACAGACAGACACAUGGGGACCGUGAUACGAUGACCGAUCAAGAGGACUACUACUGCGACGACAACGACGAGGCGUGCAGCAGAAAGAUGAGCAGCGGUCACAGGGCCUCUGACAGCACCACAGUGAUGUCCCCGCAGUGGCGCCUGGCCACUCGCGACAAGGAUAUUUGGUCCUCACGCGAAGAGUUAGUAGAUGACGGACCUUCCAUCGACUCCCACCCGCUGCCGCGGUGCAACAGCGACAGCCUUAGCGCCACCGCGGAGCGACUGCGGCAGCUGGUGGUGUAUCGGAAUAGCAGCACCAGUAGCAAGGGGGUGAGCUACUCGCUCCCGGAUGGCGAGCGGGCCUCGGACCACGGCACUGGGUGGCGGCGGCGUCUGCUGCAGAAUCGCCCAGCGACGGUGCCUGCUCUGUCGUGCAGUGGCGGUCAUAAGGAAGGAGUAGCAGUAGCAGCAGUAGCGCCUGUUGGCGUCACGUCACGUGUUGCCAAUAACGGCCAGCGUCAGUCGGUUGGCGGCCACCACAUGACUAUCCUGCAAGAUGGUCUCUUCAUGAAGGAAUCGUGCUCGCGGCGUGAGGAACGCUUUUAUGAGGUGGUGCGGCCCGUGCAGGAGUACCUACAGCACCACCCGGGGCUUCUCGCCACGCUGGACCCCUCCGAUGACGAGGAUGGCACGGACGAAAGCGGCGGAGAUAGUAGCAGCAACACUGAAAGGCGUAGGAAAAAGAGCCAUGCGAAGCACGGUGACAAGCCACAGCAGAAACAGCAACAGGAACGGUGGCACUUGUGUAGAAGAGAAGGUGAUGGUGGUGGUGGUGGCAGCGCCAGCAGCAGCAGCAGUGGGGAUGUGACCCCUCUUAAGGAUAUCGGUGAGGUAGUGGACCCGAACGCGACUACAGCGGCGGUGGCGCCGACACCUGAUGAGCAGCGAUGGGCUGUGCUGCUCCAGCUCGUACCGUUCAUCCCGCGCUACUACGGCCUGCGACGCAUGUGCGUCUCCAGUGAUGAUGUGCUCGACGGGAUCGACCAGCGCGGCACGCCGCUCAGCACGUCGUGCAAUGGAGCAUCGGCGUACGGCGAGAUCCCCGCGCUUGCUGCCACCAUGAGGCCGUACGAGAGUAGGAAUAACAAUAGAAACAGCGGCGAGCGUCGUGUGCGGCAGCUGAUUGUGCUGGAGGACUUGUGCGGCGGCUUUGCACACCCGUGUGUGCUGGACAUCAAGAUGGGCAGCCGGCAGUACGGUCUCAACCCGAGCGAGGCGAAGCUGCGCAGCAAGGAGCGCAAGGCGGCGCUGUCGACGUCACUGCAGUACGGCGUGCGCCUCGCGGGGAUGAGGCGGUGGUGCGCCGACACGCACCAGUACGAGACGCGGUCGAAGAUCGCCGGCCGCCACCUCACGCUGGCGGAGCUGCGCGACACGGUGCGCCACUUCCUGCAGAACAGCGCGCGGCUGCGGCGGCACUUCCGCCGGCAGCUGCUUCGACUGCGCGGUGCCUUCACAAAGCAGAGUGUGUUCCGCUUCUUCACGUCGUCGCUGUUGCUCGUGUACGACGCGGACCGCCCGCUGCUGUCGGCGCGGGUCGUGAUGGUCGACUUCGCCUUCACGUACGAGCGCGACGAGUUGCUGCUCGGCGGCGACCCCGAGGCGGCGCAGGAGCACGACGUCGGCUACAUUAAGGCGCUCGACACGUUGCUCGACAUCCUCGCCUGA